AUGGGAGCUAUCCGCCCAACUUCUGCGACGGAGUAUGAUUCCAUCGCUCCGUUUCAAGGUCUCAGGGGCGUUGCCUCCAGCCCCAUGAUUGGCCCCACGCCUGGGACGGUGUUUCAGGUCCACCGCCAGUCUUCCACUGCAACCACUGACGCGCACGAGAUGUGCUUAGUUGACGCGGGCGCCAAGGGAGACUCCACCGACCUCAGACACCCCGCCGUUGCAAACAAAUGA